GACCACAUCUUAGGCCGGAUCUCAACUCCCCGUCGCCAACAAUCCAGCAUGAAAUAAAAGACAUCGAACCACGACCCGCGUGGUCAAUCCUAUCUCACGUAAACAUCAACAUCCACACAUUCCACCAUGACUGCCGAUACCCUCCUCACGCCACAUGGCGACUACACAGCACCGGCUUCGCCAACAAUGAACGGCAAUCUCAAAGCCAAAGGUAUUGUCGUCUUUUCCGGCGGUAGCGCUGCAAACAACUUGGUCGACGUGUUCAAAACGGUGCGGGAGGACAAGAAGUGCCCACUCAGCUAUGUCAUCCCUAUCAGCGAUAACGGUGGGAGCUCGUCGGAGCUGAUCCGUGUCUUUGGAGGCCCAGGUAUUGGCGAUGUACGAAGUCGUCUCGUCCGUCUGAUCCCAGAUGAUCCAGAUCACGACGAUAGCGAAAAGGCAGCCAUCAAAACGUUCUUCAACCAUAGGCUGCCUAAGGAACGCUCUUUAGCCCGGGAAGAGUGGCUGCAGAUUGUAGAGGCCGAGCAUGCUCUGUGGGCCAAUAUUUCUACCGCGAAGAAAGAACUAGUACGGUCCAUAUUGAAUGUUGUCGCGUUCGAGAUCGUAAAGCGACGGCGGCCUUCAUCCAGUUUCGACUUUUCUGGCGCAAGUAUUGGAAAUCUGUUUCUGACUGGUGCUCGACUGUUUACAGGAUCAUUCGAAUCCGCGAUCUAUCUGCUCUCUAGCAUCUGCUCAGUGCCUAGCCACACAUCUGUCCUCCCUGCAAUCAACACCAAUUUCACACAUCACAUUUCCGUUGGCCUUGCAAACGGAGAAGUAAUCACCGGUCAAAACUCUAUAUCACACCCUUCCAUCUCAACAGCCCUGGUUUUCGGUAGUGCACCUACAGAAAUUGACGAAACAGAGCACCAUGACCGGAUCGAAGACGCCAACUUACCCGGGUCUCUCCCCUCCCUUCGGAAACAGUACAUUACUUUUUCAAAAGCUGACGAGGAAGAACUACCCGCGAGGAUCGAACGGCUAUGGUACAUCAACCCAUAUGGCCAAGAAAUCCGUCUCUCUGCCAACCCCAUGGUGCUCAACUCAUUAGCGGACGCUCAGGCCGUUGUAUACAGCAUCGGCUCACUCUACACAUCCAUCAUCCCCUCUCUCGUCCUCAAAGGAGUCGGAGAAGCCAUCAGCAAUUCCUCUAUCCGCUACAAAAUCCUCAUCCUUAACUCGACCAUUGAUCGCGAAACAGGACCAUCUUCGAAUCCGUACACAGCACUGGACUUUGUAGCAGCCAUCACCAAGGCAGGCGAGGAGUCAAAAGGUAUAUUUGAGCCACCUGAAAAGGUAAAGUACAAGAACUACGUCACGCAUGUCAUUCAUUUGCAGGGGCCGGGGACCCCGGCUGUUGACAAGGAAGAGCUUAGGAGGAUUGGUAUUGAGGCUAUUCGCGUGUAUGGGAGGAGAAAUGAGGGCGAGGGGUUUGUUAGGUACGAUGAACGAGGCUUGGUCCAGGCGCUUGAGGUUACGAUGGGGAAGAGGGACCCGAGGGUGCCUAGUCGACGAAAUACAUUGGAAGGACCGGCAGGCUGAACUGAGAGCUGUAGUGGUUUUUGGAGGUGUUCUUUUGGCUUCACCACUUGUCAUAUAGAUGUUUGAUAACUGUGGUUUCAGAGUAAGUCAUCGUUUUUUUGUCAGGCGGUACUUGAUUCAACGAGGGUGACGACAAUGAAGUGGGGUUGGAUAAUUGUAUUCCAGUAGAGACCAAGGAGACAUGUAUACUUAAUCUUUACUCUGCGAUUGAAGCUGAUGACGCUUGUUUUUGUGGUUGUACUGACUGUCCAUUAUGGGCUGGGAUCAUGCGUUCGGUAGUGGGUCUGGGCAGUAUGUUCGUAUGCACAUGAACGGACCUUCACUUAGUCGUAUCGAAUGUCUAUUUUUCUUAUUU